AAGUGAGACCCAAAGAGGAUUGGUAAGCUUUUUAUGUUUAUAGAAUGAUAAUAACAUGUAAUGAAAAGGAUGCCUUUUUUGAUGAUGAAUUUGAAUUGGCACAAACGAUCUUUAUGCAACAUCACCAGGAAUCACCAUUUCAUGCUGUUGGAUUUGCUUUAAUUGCCUAUGUAGAAGCCAUGCUCGGGUUUGAAUCAGAAAAGAUAAAGAUUGCACUUGAACGGAUAACGGCAGCAGAACUGUUAUCGAAACAAUUUAUCAAAAAAGUGCGGAGACGAAAUAGUUGGCAUAAAUUUAAAUUAGAAGACGACAUAAUAGAGGUUGUCUCUUUUGAUAGUAGUAGUAACAGUACCGGUGAUCAUAGUAACGGUAGUCAUCAUAGCUCGCCAACAGUAGUCAAACCAGAGAUACAGUAUGAAUUACUAGCGACCAACUGUAUGCUUAUGUCAUCAACAAUACAAUUCUUGAGAAAUAGCUGGUUAGAAUACAUGAAGGCAGCCUAUAAGCUAAGGAAAGCUUAUAAACUGUAUGAACAAAUGUUUGAAGCCUUGACAGGCCAAAAGGCAUCUGAAUAUGCAUCAUACAUACGCAAAUACAAAUAUACCGAUAAUAGAAAAAAAAAGAGACCUAUAUCAGCCAUUGAUUGUAUCGAUGAGGAUUUUGUCAUUAUUGAGAAUGCAAUAGAAAGUGGCAUCUUUUUUGGUAUCGGCCUAUUUAGUCUCGUAUUUUCACUAUUGCCACCCAAAAUCAACAAACUACUUAAUACCUUGGGCUUUCAAUCAUCUCGUCCAUUUGCUCUUCAUCUACUUCAAAAAUCAUUUAAAAACUUUGGCCUUUACUCUUCUCUUUCUGCGCUCUCUUUACUUGCUUAUUAUACCAACCUAUCCUUGUUUAUACACCCUCAACUGUUACCCAACUCACUCAGCUUAGAAAACGCUAGAGAAAUACUCGACCAGAUGAAGCAUUCAUUUCCAGCCGGUAAAAUAUGGAAACUGCUUGAAGGCAAAUUAUGUAAAAUGGAAGGAAAGACGAGACGAGGGGUAGAGAUCCUAAGGGACGCCAGGCGUAGAGAGAGUGUGCGCACCGACCUAUCGACAGGUCGACCUGUCCAAUCUCAAAAGAAAAAUGUUUGUGAGUUAGCUCAACUACAAGCGUUGGCUGUGUAUGAAAUGGGAUGGGGGCAAAUCUUUUUAGGUGAUUAUUUUCAAGCAUCCGAGACAUUUUUCCGUUUGGAAAGUAUGAAUAACUGGUCGAGGGCCUUUUAUCACUACAUUGCGACCUGUUGUAUGUUUGCUGAUGAGGAGUACGAAAAAUCUGCUCUUGAAUUUAUGCAGAUACCGACGAUUCUGAGACGAAAGAGACAGCUGGGCGGAAAGUUACUUCCUAAUGAAAUCUUUGCUGAACGAAAGAUCAAGCAGUGGAAAUCUAGGUGUGUCAAGGGGAAACAUGAUGUCAAUCUGGAUGAUAUCGUCCUUGAUGGUUCCAGCCUGAAGCGAGCCGUGAUCGUGAAUCCACUGUGGGAGCUCGUCUACCUCUGGAACGGGUUCUCGCAGCUGACACCCAAUAUGCUUUGUGCCAUGAGGGGUGCGAUAGAGAACACACUAGAGACUCUGACAAAAGAAGAGAUCGGACCGGACUGUUGUCAGCUUUACUUGCUGCUGGGUGUGAACGUGCGAGAGUUGGGCCAUCAUGAUCUUGCCGAGACUUAUUUACGACAAGCGAUACGAUCAGAGGAUGGAACCAGUGAAGAUAAAUGGGUUCUACCUCAUGUUUAUUACGAAAUGGCUGCUUUGAAAUGCUUUAAACUAUUAGAAACAAAAGAAAAGAAGGCGAAAAAGAGAUUGUUGAAGGAAGCUCAGAAUUGGAUUCAAAAGUGUGAAAAGCAAUUAGCUCAUCGAUACAAUGUAGACAGCAGUAGUUUGAAUGAUUCGAUCACAUCGGAUAAUACGGGUGAUACAGAUUGGGAUAGUCGACUACACGUUAGAUGUCAACUGCUAAUUGAAAAAUUGGAUGAUUUCAGGUCAUGAACCUUUGUAAAUAAACCUUUUAUUUUUACAAAUAGAACUAAAAACCUUGUACACAUCGUCGGUAGAAUAAAUUACCCCCUUCCCCCCUUUUUGUUAUGCAGAAAAAGAAAAAAAAAGGUUGGUUUAUGGGUUCCACAGAAAGAGAGCAUUUAAAGUUUAUUUCGCUCUCACUCCUUUUUGCGG